AUGGCUGCAGGCUUCCAGCGGAAGGCACAGCAGAAUUUUGCAUCACUGAUGAAGGAUAGCUGUCAGGGAGACAGGGAGAUGGAUGAGACAAGGAGCAGUGCCCGGGCAGGAGGUGAAGGCAUCAGGGCAGGAGACACCAGAGAAAGUGUCACCAGCAUAGGUGGCAGCACAGCAGGUGGUUAUGUUGCAGGAGGCACUGGGGCUGCAGGAGCCAGAGGAGGGAGUACCAGAGCAGGUGGCACUGAAGACGGAAACACUGGGGCAGGAGUGCUGGGACAGGAGGUGCUGGGCCUGGAAGCACCAGGACAGGAGGUGCCAGAGGAGGUACGACUAGAGCAGGUGGCACAGAAGCAGGAGACACUUGGGCAGGAGGUGCUAGGAUCAGGUGAUGCCAGAGCUGGUGGUACUGGGGCAGGGGGUGCUGAGGCAGGAGGCACCAGGACAGCAGGCACUAAAGGAUGUGGCGCCACAGUAAGAGGCACUGGGGGAGGAGGUGCUGGGCAGAAUGCAAAGGGCCAGGAGGCACUGGGACAGGAGGUACUGGGGCAGGAGGCCACAAGGCAGGAGGUGCCGGGGAAGGUCGUCUCAGAUAAGGUGACGCCAGAGCCAGCAGAGUCCAUGGGGAAGGAGAUAGGGGAGCCUGUGGCACAGGAAUUGGCAGAGAACUUAGUACAGGGUCCAGUGCAGCCAUGA